UGUACCAGCCAAGAAUGAGAAAAAGGGUCAAUGCAUACCCAAUUCGCCGUGGUCCUGAUGGAAGUGCUUUCCAGAAAUGUGAAAGGUGUGGUCGUUCUGUAGCAAUUGCUUUGGCUGAUAUGCAUGAGUGUGAGUCAAAUAAUAGCCUGAAGAAACUGAAAGGGCAGCGGCAGAGCGGAAAUGUUAAAUCGCAGAACAUUGAAGAUCAACCCAGAUCAGCAUUCCGCUUUUUCAUGGAAGAAUUGUUGGACAUUCACAAGGAGGAAAAUGAGAUUGCAAUUGAUAGCAAGGGCUUUGAGAUGUGGAAGAAAAUGUCUAAACAGGAGAGGCAACCAUAUCUCGUGAAAGCGGAAAAGGUGAACUCGGCUCACACAAAAGCUCUGCUCGAAGAGGAAAAUGAUAUGUCAUGGGUGGAUGAUGAAGCGGACUCAGCAGAAGUGGGGAAGUACGACGAGAACUAUGCAGAAGAUGGAUACUUUGAUGGUUUUGAAUACGAUAUCUGUGAUGAUCCCCACGAUUCAGAUAGCUUUCUUUUCUGGUCUGAGAUCAGCGACAGCUUUGACAGCAAAAAUUGGGCAAAGAAGUGGUCCCCGAAUCCGCUGAGGACUUGAAUUCCAUUUUUGGAUCGGUUGCAUGGUUUUGUUGACGAUGAUUGGAGUCUUGACUUGAAUGAAUGAGAAAAAACAACCUUCGGGCAGUGGCAGACAUUGGAAAAUUGGGCCAUUGCUUACAUAAAGCGAGGCAAGUCACUUUGGCUAUUGUACAUACUAAAUUUAGGAAUUUUACUACGCCCAAAAGAUGUAAAAAGGCAACCGUGAUUAUUUAUAUUUGUGAUCUGAUGAUUGUCCUAAGAGGAGAUGAGGAGUGGAGCCCCUUUUGGCCUUUGGAUUGGGAGAACAUAUAUUUGA